AUGGCACCACAAGAAAGAACUGCAUACGUCUCCGAAGAUGAUACGCAAAACACAUCAAAUAAUUUAUCUAACAUAGAUUUAAGUGGAGGCUUCGUCAACAAGGCGUACGAGAAUGACAGUACAGAUGUUGCCACACCGACAAAUUUACCCCCAAACGAGGGAGAAAAAAAGAAGAAUACGGAUUUCGAUGAUCUUUUGCCAUAUGUUGGGGAAUUCGGAUUGUAUCAGAAGAUACUGUUUCUACUCAUGAUACCGUUUGCGUUUUUCGUCGCAUUUGUAUAUUUUUCGCAAAUUUUUAUGACUAUUGCGCCUGAAGAACAUUGGUGCUGGGUGCCUGAGCUUGCAAAUUUGACUGUUGAGGAGAGGCGAGCUCUAGCCAUCCCACCAUCAGCUGGCCCCUUCUCCCACGAUCGUUGUAACAUGUACUCAGCGGACUUCAGGCAGGCGUUGGCUGAUGGUAGAACGACUCCUGAUGAUGAAUGGCAGAUCGUACCUUGCAAAUAUGGGUGGGAGUACAACAAGUCCGAUGUUCCUUAUGAUACAAUUGCUUCUGAGCUGGAUUGGGUGUGCGACAAGGACAACCUAGGCGCUACAGCUCAAGCUAUCUUCUUCUGCGGCGCUAUAGUAGGCGGUCUAGUAUUCGGAUGGAUAGCUGAUAAAUAUGGACGAAUUCCAGCUUUAGUUGGUACCAACCUCCUCGGUUUCAUAGCAGGAAUUGGAACUUCGUUCUGCAAUAGUUUCCUCACAUUCGCACUCUGCAGGUUCUUCGUGGGACUUGCCUUUGACAACUGUUUUACUAUGAUGUAUAUCCUGGUGUUGGAGUACGUUGGACCCAAAUGGCGAACAUUUGUUGCAAACAUGUCCAUCGCUCUGUUCUUCACCCUGGCUGCGUCACUUCUACCCUGGAUCGCGUUAUGGGCUGAUGAUUGGCGAAUGUUUGCUAUGGGCACCAGUUUGCCAUUCGCAUUGGCCAUAUUGACACCUUGGUUGGUUCCUGAGAGCGCUAGAUGGCUGGUCUCCCAAGGCAAAAUAGACAAAGCUCUGACGAUCAUGAAGAAGUUCGAAAGAAUCAACAAGACUAAAAUACCUGAAAAAGUACUCAGCGAUUUUACAGAAUCCUCCCUAAAAACCAUAAAAGAAUCAGAAGCUGAAUGCAGAACUUACUCCGUAUUGGACCUGUUUAAGACUCCUCGGUUGAGGCGCAAUGCGAUACUCCUCAUUGUAAUCUGGAUGGCCAUAUCCUUGGUCUUUGAUGGCCAUGUUAGGAACGUUGGGUCCUUGGGUCUGGACAUCUUCCUGACGUUUACUAUCGCGUCAGCUACUGAGCUGCCUGCUGAUACGUUUUUAACAGCUGUUUUGGACAGGUGGGGUAGAAGAUGGUUAGCGUGUGGUUCCAUGGUGAUCAGUGGUAUCUUCAGUUUAUUAGCUACAGCUGUACCAGUUGGUGGACCAUCAGCAUCCCUAGCUAUCCUCGGCCGUUUCGCCGUGAACAUCUCUUAUAACAUUGGUCUACAGUACGCUGCUGAACUGUUGCCCACUGUAGUGAGAGCCCAGGGUGUAGCGCUUAUCCACAUCAUGGGCUAUGUAGCUUCUAUUGUGGCUCCGUUUGUGGUGUACUUGGCCAACAUCUCUCAAGAUCUCCCUCUCCUAAUUCUUGGCGUGCUGGGUAUAGCUGGUGGUCUACUCUGUCUCUUCCUGCCAGAGACUAUGGACACUGAGAUGCCUCAAACUCUGCUUGAUGGAGAGAACUUUGGAAAGGAUCAGAGGUUCUGGGACAAUCCUUGUUUCCCCAGGAAAAAGCCCGAACAACCAGAGAGCGAGGAACAUACCGCCAGGUAUACCAAACGAGCUUCAGUUUCCACCGCCGAACCUCAAGAGUUCAUCAGAGCAGUUCCCAGUGCCAUCGGCUCCAGAGCCUCGAUUAGGGCUUCGAUCAGAGCAAGUACCAGGGCAUCAGCUCGAAGAAGAGAUGUCAAUACGGAUAGAAACGUCGUCUGA